AUUGAACAAUUACUCACCCACAUGUCCUCCGUAGAUGUGACAAGAGCAAUGUCUCUUCUCCCGCAUUGUCCUAUAACUGGCAAUCGAUGCACUUACUCGUUGGAUAUACAAUCCUAUUUGUCCCCUGCAAAUCCUUUGUCCCCUAGAUUGUUGCCCAAUAUAAAAGGAAAGCAAUUCUCUUGUGCUCCCACUCUUUUUAUUCCUCACCCCACCUUUCGCCAAUUAGCCCACGAACAUACCGCAUAAUUAAUUUUGGUUUGUGAUAUCUCACCCGACUUCUACGCGCAUUCAUUUUGUUCAACCAGCGACCUCCCCACAUCUAUCCUUCCACCGACAUUAAUCUUACGCUAUCAUGGCACCAAACCAACCCCUUACGGACACAGAACUGCAACUCAUCGAGGCCUAUAACACGAUCAUCCGCGAGCCUUUCGAGGACAAGUACGAGGACAAAUGGGAGGACAAGCCCUUUGACCGUGCCGUGGAUGAGUUCAAGGCCAGGGCGCAGGAAAUCGGGUUCACAGAUCCGUUCGAGCUCCUUAAAGAGUUCAACAUCGACUCGUAUGAAUCCGCUCGCGCUUAUCUCAAGAAGGGUCCUGCCAUGUGCUUUCGCCCCGGAUGGAUAAGCCCUCUGAUCGGACAGCACUUUGACCCCGUCGCGAUCCUCGAAAAGUGUGAACAUAUUUCCGGACCCGAGUUCGCUGGUCAGCACAGGAUAGUUGUGCUUGAUUUCUGGGCGUCAUGGUGCGGCCCCUGUGUACAGACAGGACCGGAGCUUUCAGACCUCGCAGACGAAUUCUGGGGUCGCAUAGCAGUUGUAGGCAUCAAUAACGAGAGCAUUUUCAGUGAGACAAAGCCGCCCAACACACAAAGAUUGCGGGAAUUCCUCGAGGAGAACAGUGAUGGGUUCCGGUACUCAAUUUAUAUCGACAAUGCCGAGGGCUUCGCAAAAGAGACCGUUUAUAACCCUGCAGGAUAUCGAGGAAUCCCCUGUAUAAUCUUGUUGGUGGACGGGGUAGUCAAGUAUGUCGGCUCACCGCAGGAAACCCUCCGGCCAGCAUUGGAGCAGGCGUUGGAAGAUGUCGAGUUCAUGUCUGCUCGGGAAGGGUAAGAUAGGCAACAUCGAAAGUGCUAUCGAUAUCUACAAGCGUCGAUUUAGAGAAUUGAUGAGAAGGGAACUCCCCCGAAAUAAAGUUGUACACCAUUCCCCU